AUGACCUCAUUAUGUUUAAGUGAAUGGCCAUCCACAUGGAAGAUUCAGGAAAAUACACGAGAUCAAAAAUUUAAUUUUUCUCAGCUGGCUGCAUUAAAUAUAACCAGUCUACAAUUAUAUCAUUGGUCAGCAUCAAUAGAUAUUAUAGAAUCUUAUCAAUUCUAUUUGAAUCAAUUAUCAACUUCAAACAAUAUAUUUUUAUCGACCAAAGCUUUUUAUAAUUGUACAUCACCAAGAUUUGGUCCACAAUGUCAAUAUUUAUUUCCUUUCAGAACAAAGGAAAAACUUCCAUCAGUACACGAAUUAAUUCAUAGAUUUUAUUUAGUAUUGAAAUAUCCAAGAGAAGAUUUACUAUGUUAUCGUCAUUUAAAUUGUCGUUUUGGUUCAAUAUUGCUAUGCCUUGAUUGGAAUCAAAUCUGUGAUGGUUUCAUUCAAUGUACGGACGGAGUCGAUGAACAACAUUGCUGGCAAAUGGAAACGAAUCAAUGUAAAGAAAACGAAUAUCGAUGUCGAAAUGGUCAAUGCAUAUCUUCAGUAUUUUUGGAUGAUAAUGCAGUUGGUGCUGAGUGUUUUGAUCAAUCAGAUACAAGAGAGAAGUUCGACUGGGAUCCAUAUCUACGAUUAACAUACGACCCUAUCCGACCACAAUUUAUCAACGAAGAAGUAGUUAUUUAUAAUGGCACUGGUCAUUUUGGACCCUAUUUUGAAGGGCGUGACCGUAGACUUUUUUUCGUUCAUCACAUGAUACCACAACCAGAUAAGUUAAUAUCAAAUAGGUGUGAAUUUACACUUUACUGUUAUCUUAGAUUUUUUGUUGGGGGGAUGGAUGAUUGUGAAAAUAUCUAUUCGAAAGAAUAUUUUCAGAAAGUAAUUAAUGAAAGUUGUCCGGACAUGUUUUAUGUACCAUCUGCAGCAAUUGUCUUUGGUCAUGUCUAUCUAGCAUAUACAAAACAAUACGUUGUUCAACAGAAAACACGAGUAAAUGCACCCGACUAUAUAUGUUACAAUGAGCAAUUAUGUGGUGGCUUCAAUGCAAAUCAAAAGAUUAUUCAUUUUAACAAUAGUCUAUGUCGUCGUGUUCAAGAUAUUUUACCUAAUGUUAUUUCAAAUGAAAAUUCAAUUGAAAUGAUUUGGGAUUAUAUUCAUCAAAUAUCGAUUUAUCUUUCUAAAUGUAAUACAAUUUUACGCAAUGACACAAUAUUCUGUGACAAUCGAACGAUGUACCAAUGUUUAAAUUCUUCGAAAUGUAUAGCAAAAAUUCGUAUCUUCGAUCAAUUUGAAGAUUGUGAUUAUGGAGAUGAUGAAGAUAGGCAAAAAAAUAUUUUAACUAAUGAAAUUUGUUCGAAAGAACAAUCUUUAACGCAUUUCAUAUGUCCCAAUACAAAUAAAUGUAUUUCUCGAAAGUUAAUUAGAGAUUCGAAAUGUGACUGUGGGUAUUUAGAUGCUCAACAUUUUCUAUGUCCUGAUGAAAAUAUAGAAAUGAAAUCCAUUCGAGAACUCAUAUCAUUUCCAACAAUUUGUAAUGGUUUCAAUGAUUUAAAUCCUAUACUUAUUGAUGGACAAAAUUAUACAGAUGAAACUGAAUGUAAUCAAUGGGUGUGUAAUAAUGCAUAUACUCGUUGUAACGGUUAUUGGGAUUGUUAUGAUGGAGCUGAUGAAAUUGAUUGUCAUGAAUUUUUAUUAGGUUUGAAUUGUUCAGCUCAUAGUUUUUUAUGUCUAUCAGCUAUUACACGUAAAUUUAUGUGUCUCUCGAUGGACCAAGGUAAUGAUGGCAACAUUGAUUGUCUUGGUGCCACGGAUGAACCACAAUUAUGUCGAUAUAACACUCAAACCUAUGAUAAUGGAUUCUACUGUGAAGAUCGAAAGAUUCGUUUACCCGUUUGUAUUCAAAGCCAUGAAAUCUGUAAUACCGAUAUAACAUGUACAGACUGGGAAAUGGACAAACUCUGUGAACCACUUACGUUUUUUCCUGUUAUUUUCAGAAAUGGUUUCUGUAAUCGAGGCGAUUUUGCAUCUCUUGAUUAUAAUAAUAUGCAAAUAUGUUAUCUUUUCAGAUUUACUCCAAGACCUGAAAUUGUGCAUUUUUCUCUCGCUCAGGUGAAAUCAAUAUUUAAAGAUGAAGAUAGAAAAUCUCCAUUAGCGGAUUCUCUCAUCGAUGAGAUCGAUCGAGAUCUAAACGGACAUUGUUAUAGAGGUGUACCUUUGAAAGUCAUCUUAGAUAUUAACAAAAAUCUAUUUCGUACAACAUGUUUAUGUCUUCCAAAUUAUUAUGGUUCACAUUGUCAAUAUCAAAAUCAACGAGUUAGUUUUACAAUGAAACUUCAAACAUUUUCUGAUUCUUGGCAAACACAAUUUCUUCUCAUUGUUUCACUUAUGGACAAUACAAAUGAACGAAUUAUUCAUUCAUAUGAACAAAUAACAUAUUUUCCAAUGCAAAAUUGUCAAACAUCAUUUGAUAUCUAUUUAGUUUAUUCAAAUCGACCAAAAAAUGAAUCCAAACAAUAUACAAUACAUAUCGAUAUUUAUGAAAAAUUAUCAUUAAACUAUCGAGGAAGUUUCUUUAUUGACAUACCAUUUCUAUUUUUACCUGUACAACGUAUUGGCAGUCUAUUAAAUAUUCCAUAUAAAGGUUAUCCAAUGAAAAAUUGUUUUAUUGAUGGAUGUUUACAUGGUGAAUGUAUUCGAUAUUUUGAAGAUACAAAUAAUAGAACAUUUUGUAAGUGUUUUAAAGGAUGGAUUGGUCGACUUUGUACAAUUGAAUAUGAAUGUAAUUGUUCAUCGGAUUCAUUAUGUCAUGGUAUAUCAGCAAAUCAACGUUCAAUUUGUAUUUGUCCAAUAGAUAAAUGGGGUCCUCAAUGUUUGAUUUCUGAUGAAAUAUGUCAUUUAAAUAAUCCAUGUCGAAAUAAUGGUACAUGCAUACCUUAUGAUCAACAUGUUUCACCUGGAAAUACAUUUGAAUGUAUCUGUUCAAAAGAAUUUUAUGGCAAACUAUGUGAAUAUUCAUCUUUUAAAAUGAUUUUAUCAUUUUCAAAUGAUAUUGAUAUACCUGAAACAAUGUUUAUUCAUUUUAUUGAAGUGAAACAUAGACAAGAAUCAGAGAAAGGUAUUACUUUUAAAAAAAUUCCAAUCAAUCGAGAUCCAAUAACUAUCUAUUGGGCAAAAACUGUUCAUAUAAGUUUUGUUGAAUUAUUUCUCAAUCAAUAUUAUUUAAUUCAUCUUGAUGAAAAUCAUAAUAAAUCGAAUAUUAUUGAAAAACAAAUCAAAUCAUCUGAUUCUUGUCUACAUAUUCGUCAAGUAUUUAAUGAAUCAUUUGCUAAACUUCAUCUUAUUCGUCGUAUUAAAUUUUAUCAUUUCAUAUGUCAAAAUCAUUCGAAAGAACUUUCAUGUUUUUAUGAUGAUAUUUAUAUUUGUUUUUGUGUUCAAUUCAAUAAUCAACGACAAACAAAUUGUUUAGAAUCUAAUCAUACAUUAAAACGUGAUUGUUCUGGUCGAAGUAUAUGUGAAAAUGGUGGUCAAUGUUUGCAAGAUAGUUCAACGUGUCCACAAACAUCGAUCUGCGUUUGUCCAUCAUGUUUCUAUGGAUCACGAUGUGAAUUUCCUUCAGAUGGACAUAGUCUUUCACUUGAUGCUAUUCUUGGUUAUCAUAUUCAACCAUUUGUUUCUAUAAUACAACAACCAAUUAUUGUUCAAAUAAGUUUUGCUUUAGUUAUGAUUAUUACUCUCAUAGGAACUAUUAAUGGUAUUUGUUCUAUCUUAACAUUUAUACAAAAAGAUUUAAAAAAAACUGGUUGUGGAAUUUAUCUUCUUGGUUCAUCAAUAACAACAUUAUUUAAUACAAGUAUAUUUCUAAUUAAAUUUCUUAUACUUAUUACAGCACAAACUACAUAUGUAACAAAUAUUUUAUUUUUACAAAUUCAAUGUCGAAGUAUUGAUUAUUUAAUACGAGUUGGUCUUAAUUUGGAUCAAUGGUUAAAUGCAUGUGUAGCUAUCGAACGUGCUAUGACAGUCGUAAAAGGAGUUUCUUUUAAUAAAAAGAAAAGCGUCAAAAUUGCUAAAUAUGUUAUCGUUAUUCUUAUUAUUGUAAUUAUCAGUUCAAAUACUGUUGAUCCAAUUUAUCGACGUCUUGUUAUAAUUGAUAAUAAUGAUGAAAAACGAAUUUGGUGUGUUCUUCAUUAUUCAUCAAUUAUUCAAAAAUUCAAUAUAACAAUGAAUAUUCUUCAUUUUUGUUUACCUUUUAUCAUUAAUCUUAUAUCAGCAUCAAUUAUUAUUAUCAAUAGUGCUCGUUUAAAAUCAUCUCUACAAAAGAAAAAAUCAUAUAAAGAACAUUUAAUUGAACAGUUUCAACAACAUCGUCAUCUUUUGAUUUCAUCAUUUUUAUUAUUUAUUUUAGGUGUACCACGUUUAGUUAUUCUAUUUUCAAGAGGUUGUAUGAAGACAAAUGCUGAUUCUUGGUGGUUUCUUAUGGGAUAUUUUAUUUCUUUUUUCCCACCGAUGCUUAAUUUUAUUAUAUUUGUUAUGCCAUCAGAAGUAUAUGUAAAACAUUUUCGCACGACUAUUAAGAUGUAUCGUGAUGCUAUAAAACGACGUUUAAAUUAG